GCUGGCGAUAAAUAAAUGCUUAAUUAACUUUUUGCUAUUUGAAAGAUAAGCGAGGCGCCAAAUCCAGCUGACGUCAACAAUGCGAUAAGAUGGCAACGCUGUUGCUCCGAGAAAAGCGUUGCCACCUCACAACGUACGGCAACCGGUCAGAAUAAUAUUGCACAAUAGAAACAUUUGUUAAAAGUUUGUUUAAUUGCAAAGUGCGUGUCGUGUUGUGAGUGGAUUGGAAAUUGAAUUCGGAGAAAGAUCAUAAAAGACUGUUUGGUAAUUAAAGCAAUUACAAUUUAAUUGAUAUUAUGAAGCUGUUGGCAAAUGUUCGCCGGCUGUUAAAACAUCAGCCAAUGAUGGAGCGCCUAAUGACAACAACAACGAGCCAUGCACAUGACACAACAACGACAACAAGAGGAUCUGUUGGGCAAGCGGCUUUAACUAGUGAGCAGCUCAAUGAACUGGAGCACAACAUUGAGCUGCGGCAUCACAGGAACAAUGUGCCUCUCAUAAGACAGUUGAUUGAAAAGCUCCAAGAGGGCGCCAACAAUGUGGAGCUGCUGAGCCAGCUGGAGGAUGAACUGCAGCAGCUGCCGAAUACCACAAAUCCUCGACUGCUCAGCUACAACAAUGAACCCCGUGAGUUGGCCAACUACAAGCAUCGCACGUUGCCGGAACAGGGAGCCAAAGAGUUCUCGGAGCUGGCUCGAACUUUGAAUCUAUUUCGCAUGGAUCAUUUGAGAAAUUUUACGGGUCACAAGAGUUACUAUCUGACGGGGCAACUGGCCAUGCUGGAACAGGCCAUCAUACAGUAUGCAUUGCAGACACUGCGAAGCCAGGGAUUCAAGCUGAUGUCGGUGCCCGACAUCUUACCACGCGAGGUGAUCGAGGCCUGUGGCAUGCGCACCGAAGGCGAACGCACCCAAGUCUACAAGCUGGACACGGGUGCAUGUCUAUCGGGUACCUCGGAAAUGGCACUCGCGGGGUACUUUGCUAACCAUGUGUUGGAGGAGCAGCAACUGCCACUAAAAGUGGCUGCAGUGAGUCGAUGUUAUCGUGCCGAGACAUCGGGAUUGCAGGAGGAGAAGGGCAUCUAUCGGGUGCAUCAGUUCACCAAGGUGGAAAUGUUUUCCAUCACCACACCGGAGCAAUCAGAAGCCACUCUGGAACAGUUCAAGGAUACCGAGAUUGCGCUCUUUAAGCGGCUGGGCAUAAAUUUCCGCCUGCUCGAUAUGCCGCCCUGUGAAUUGGGUGCGCCAGCAUAUCAGAAGUACGACAUCGAAGCAUGGAUGCCGGGGCGUCAGAUGUGGGGCGAGAUCUCCAGUUGCAGCAACUGCACGGAUUACCAAGCAAAGCGUCUGAAUGUCAAAUAUAAACGCGCCUCGGAUGGCAGAGUGUUGCAUGCUCACACUUUGAAUGGCACUGCAACUGCAAUUCCACGUCUCUUGAUUGCACUAAUUGAGUCCUAUCAGAGUGUGGGAAGUGCAGGAAACGCCUCCAUCGCAAUUCCCGAGGUGCUGGUGCCCUUCAUGAAUGGCCAGCGAACAAUAAUGCGGAACAAGCGGAUACCGGAGACAAAGCUGGUGAAAUUUAUCAAGUCCACAACAUCUUGAAUAGUUGCUAUAUUAAAUCAGAUAAUGAACGAAAGAUGACAAUAAUGCUGCAUAGUUUUAUCUGUUAAGGGAACGGGAAUGGUCUUCCUUUAUAAAGUACCCAGGGUUCAUUGAUAAACUGCUGAAAUUUAUCAAGCGUCCAGUGUCUUGUUAAAUAAUUGUUCUAUAAUAGAUUAUGUAUAAUCAGAUAAAGAAAAACAACAAUGAUGCUUUGUUCCCGAAGCUAAUUGGCUGGUCUUAUUUUCUUUAAGUACAUACGAAUAUAGUAGAUAUAUUUUAGUUGAUUACUUUAUAAUAUAGUAUGUAUAAUCAGAUAAUUAAAGACUUCAAUGGGUCUAGUCUUGCUGAUCUCCGACUACAUUUUAAGCUGGAGAAAUUUUUUAAAACGUCAUCAGCUUUUGAAAUGAUUUCUCUAUAAAAUCAGUCUUCAAAUGAAUGACAAUAAACAACAUUACUGCAUAGUGUUUUAUCUAUUCGUGAACUUAAUAGAGAUUAAUUAUAUAUAGUAUAUGUAUUUUAGUUGAUCCCCUGAUACCCAAAAGCUGGUUAAAUUUAUGAAGGUGUCAUCAACUUGUUUAAUGAUUCCUCUUCAUAAUGACAAUGACAACAACAAUGAUGCCUAGUUUUAUAUGUCCUUGAGGACCUCCUGGAGCUAGUUAUACUUUUUUAGUAUCUAUCUUUUGAUUGAUUACCGAUAAGCUAGGGAAAUUUAUCAAGGCAUUAUAAACUUAUUAAAUGAUUACAGCAAAAUUUCAGCUAAUGAAUAAAUGAUAACAAAAAGUAUGAUGGCAUGUUUUAUACAGAAACUGUGUCGAUUAUAAGAGUUUAUUACUGAUUUUUGUAUUAUGAAAAGUUCCUCUUCCUCUUUUUCAAUUUAAAUAAGAAACUAUUGAUAGCAUUUUUGGAUUCUAUAGAAAUUUUGCGUGGGGAAAUAAAAACAACUAACAGAUAAAAAAAUAGUCGCAGCUAAUGAGGCUUGGUCGCACUCUAAGUGAAAUUCAUAUGUGUUUUAGUUGAUCCCCCUGUGUGAUAAGUGUUUGUCAACUACAUUGGACUAAUAAUCUGCGGCUCUCAUUGUUAAUCAAUUGCGCACUUGAUAUAUAUAGUGUGUAAAGUUGUAUAUAAUCAUUAAGUUAGCCACUUAAUAAAUCAAGAGCAAUAGUCGAUGAUGAUGUUUGUGAUAUAUUGACCUCACUUACCCUUCAAUGCCGCCAAAAUAUUUCAUUUCACUUGUUGAACUUUCGCGUGUUCCGUGUUUUGUUUUUAGAUGAAGGCGUUG